AUGCAAUAUUCAGACGAAGAAUUCGUCAAGUUCUUAGGAGAAGGUUCUUACGGUUAUGUCUAUCUCGUCAGAUACACGAAACACGACGGCUCUUCGUUUCUCGCCGCCGUAAAAAACUCUUACGACCAAGACUUCGACAAUCUUCAAAGAGAGUUUCAGAUUCUGCGGGAACUCAGAGGAUCUCCGAGAAUCAUCGAAUGCUUUGGAGACAAAUUGGAACAAGGUAUCAGCUCUUACGGAAACAGAGUCCACAAAUUACUUCUCGAGUACGCAUCCGAAGGUAGUUUAAGUGCUUUCAUGGACAACUACACCAACAGAAAACUGCCUGAGCCGAUGAUCAAAGACUUUACGCGUAUGAUUCUCCAAGGUUUGGUAUCGAUUCACGACCACGGUUAUGUUCAUUGCGAUCUCAAAUCCGACAAUCUCCUUGUGUUCCCGUGUAAAGAUUCUUCUUCUUCAUACGAACUGAAGAUUUCUGAUUUCGGAAACUCGUUGCAAGUCGGAGAGAAACCUCAUUAUUGGGGAAUCGAUUUCCCGUUUGUUGGAACGCCGAUUUACAUGUCGCCGGAGUCUCUCCGUGACGGCGGCGCAAAGAAAACCCUAGAUCUUUGGUCGUUGGGAUGCUUGGUGUUGGAGAUGUACACAGGUGUGAUUCCAUGGCAAGGAGUUGAAAUCGAUGAUCUCGCGACUCGUCUCCGUAAUGGUGAAGUUCCAGAGAUUCCAGAGAGCUUGCCUUGUGAUGCAAGGAAGUUUAUUGAAACGUGUUUCUCAAAGAAGCCUGAGAAGAGAGGAAGUGCGUAUGAGCUGUUGUUUCAUCGGUUUUUGCGUCGAGAAGAAGAGGAGAAAACGGAGGAAAAGAUUAGAUCUUCAAAGAAAUCGUUUCUAUUGAGGUUGAGAAUCAGGAGAGCAUCAAAGAAGUCAAUGGAUAUCUCAGAGAAGAAGCCUCUGAAACUGAAGAAUUUUCCAGAGGUUAAAAAGAUUUUGAGUAAAGUCUUGAGGUUGAAGCAGAGCAGGUUCUGGGUAGAAGCGGUUUAA